AAUCAAAACUAAGAUACACAUUUUAGAGUUUCACCUAAUUACACCUUGACCUUCCUUCAACAUGGAUACAAGACUCAAGUCUAGUGUCACUUUACUCACUCUUAUUCCUCUGGCUUCUUUGUUUAUCUCUUUGCUUCCUCUAUCAGAAGCCAGGCCACUUAGUCCUUUACAUGCCAAAUAUGGUACCAUUAGAGAGGUAAAUCGAGUCUUCAGGACAUUGAAGAGUUCUGGGCCAAGCCCUGGUAUUGGGCACAGGCUUAAAAAGCUUCAAGAUUUAGGAGGGAUGAAGGACUCUGGCCCAAGCCCUGGUGUUGGGCACAGGGUUAAAAGGCUUCAAGAUCUUGGAGGGAUAACGGACUCUGGCCCAAGCUCUGGUGUAGGCCACAAACUCAAAACGGUUCAAGAUUUUGGAGUGAUAAAGAAUUCUGUUCCCAGUCCUGGUCAAGGACACAAGCACAUCACCAACAACCAUUCAUAAAGUGCCCAUUCUUUUGCAUUUAUAUGCUGAUGUUAAAUAUUCUUCUUUUAACUUAUUAUUAUUAUUAUUAUGAGAGAUGAUGUACUGCAUAUAUAUGAAAUUAGGCAAUAAUCCUGAUGUACUUGUUACCUAGGUGCAUGUAAUGUUGCCACUAAACUUGUUAUUAAUUGAUGAUCAAACUGAAAAUAAUACACAUUGUG